AUGACGACGACCUCCGGCCACCCGCAGCAGGCGCCCCAGCACCAGCAGCAGCAGCAGCGGCGUCUCCACCGCGCGCGCGGCCAGAGCUCGGCCGCUGGCCACCACCAGGACGUGCCCCAGGACGCCGCCUUCGCGCGCAUGCAGGCCAUGCACAACGCGCACAUGCAAAUGCAACUGCAACAGCAAGUGCAAAUGCAAGUGCAAAUGCAACAGGGUUACGCAGGAGGGUACCCCCACCAGGUUACGACCAAGAAUCAGGCCCCGAAUGCUCAGCUGCGUCGCGGAGCAGCGUCAUCAUCUUCUUCUUCUCGUCCCCGGGCAGUAGGAGAAGCUCCGAGGAGUAACCAGGUUACGCGCCAGCCCAGGCUUCGAUCAGUGACGGACGAGAUGGUGCGGAACCAGUAUGCAGGUCAGGACGAGGAGCUGGCAGGACGCCCCGCCAUGAUCGCCAUGAGCCAGGAAGACCUGCCCUACGACAUCUCCAGGGACCGCCGCAGCCGACACCACAGCCACGCGCGACCGGAGGAGAACUACCGAGGCAACAGCAAGUCGGCGGCCUACCAGGGCAACUGCAGGGGUAACAGGAUUGCGGCCAACCCUGCAGGCAACAAUCAUCAGAGUCGCAGUGCCGUUCGAGGUCGCUCGGCAACAGUGAACAAUGCAGCGCCCGAGUCGCGUAACCCGGAGACGUUUAAGCGCAGUAGCAGCAGCAGCAACAGCAACAGCAACAGUAACGGGGUUACACCGGGUAACCCGGAGGGUGUCGUUCGUGGUGCUGCGCCGUCGCGCGCGUCAGCGCCUGGGGCGCGCAGUAACCAGGCUCCUGUUCGGACAUCAGCUCCUACUCGCUCGUCUGUUCCCGAGCCAGCUCCCGAGCCUGUGGCGUGGCGUGUGGCCGUUGACCCCAAGUCCAAGAAGCCGUACUACUACCACCCCAUUACGAGGGAGACGACGUGGAAGAAACCGGCGGAGUUGGUGGCGGCCGAGACGCGCGAGAAGCGCCAGUUCUUCUCGGUCAUGGAGAACAACAUCCGCCUCAAGCUGCGCGACGGGUACUACACGCGCGACAGCGAGACGUCCAACUCGAGUCACAGCACGCCCGACGCCGUGCACAAGCCCCACGAGAUGUCGCCGCACGCCUCGUGCCGAUCGUCGGCGAGUACGCUGAGCUGCAGCAGCGCGCGCAGCAGCUUCUGCUCGUUCACGAGCGGAUCCGCGCGCUCCCUGCCUGGAUCAGCGCGCCAGCUCAUCUUGAGCUCGACGCGCUCGCUGCCCACGACGCCGGAAGGCAUGGGCGUGCCGGACUUGAACCAGCCUCAGCAGGAGCCGGACACUUUGGAGCGCGAGUCGGAGGACGGCAAGAAGCGGCCGUCGCUGUUUAGGACGCUGUCGUCGUACGAGACCCCAGUGGUGACUUCGUCCCGCAAGGGAAGUGACGGCUUGGAUGUUGAUGAAGUCGGGCGCAAUGCGCCUACGUGUCUGGCAGUUCCGUCGCCGAUCCAGGAGCGCGUGCGUUUGGCCGCUCUCGUGCCGCGUGCCUCAGACUUGGAGGCGUACGCGCGCGCCGUGAGAGCCGCCAAUGGCAAUGGUAGGCCGUCACUGCAAGCCCCGAUGAUGGGAGUUGCUGCUGGCCGAGGCAACUCGGCGUCCGCCCUUAUGAAGACGAAGACUCCGGAGAACAAGAGUGCUCCCGCUGACAAGCCGCGCGCGCUGCGACGUCGCUCCAACAGUACCAACUCGAUUUAUUUGCGUAUGGGAACGAUGAACGCGCCGGACCAAGAUGCGACGAUCCAAUGUGUUGCUACCGUGUUGCGCGCGCACAUGAUGGAGGCACUGGAGGACCCGAUCCGGUCGGACCCCCGCUUCGAUGUUUUCGUGACGGCCCGCGACCGUCAGCGCCUGGCGUCAAUUGCGGACGAAUUGGACGCCGAAGCUACUUCCUUCGUGGAGGUGGAGGACGAAGAUGUUAUCCUGGAUGUGGUCCCCACCCUGUCGGAGAUCGGCAAUUUCAUCAAGCACGUCUUUUCCCGCGCUCAGAUGGAGUCGGAGUGCAUCAUUAUGAGCCUCGUGUAUGUGGAGCGCCUGCUGAAGGCGACAAGCGGCAUGCUGCAGCUGCGCGGGGAGAACUGGCGCCGCCUGGUGUUUUGCUCAAUGGUGAUGGCGUCGAAGGUGUGGGACGAUCUGAGCAUGACCAACGCCGACUUCUCCAAGAUCUGGCCCGAGCUCUCGCUGAAGCAGAUUAAUGAGCUGGAGCUGGUGUACCUGAGCGCCGUGGAGUACAACGUCCGUGUGUCGGCCGUGUCGUACGCAAAAUACUACUUCCACCUCCGCUCCAUGUGCGCCACGAUGGGGUUGCUGGAGGCGUUUGACGAGAGUGCGCCGCUCAACUUGGACGGCGCGCGCAAGAUGCAGGUGCUGUCGGAGGAGUACCAGGAGCGUUCGAAGCUGAUGCCGGUGCCGCGCCGACGUAGCGUGACCAUUACGACCACGUCGGCUGCCGAAAGUAUGCAGGCGGGCGCGAACGCUGGCCGAUCUGCGGUCGGAGGAGCCAAGUCCAAGCCGACCAAGGCCUCACCCGCGGCCAGCCUCGAGCAGCUCGUGCACAUGCAGGUGCGCGUGGCUGGCGGCAGCUCGCUCGGAAUGCACCGCCUGUCGUCGACCAACACGGUGAAGCCGUGA